GUGAACUUGUGUUAUGUACUUAUGUUCCGUUUCCGAAGCAAACUAGGCAAUGGGCGUGUGGCCUUAUAAAACGAAAAGGCCAAGCAUCGCCCCCAUCCCUCUCUCCCUGUGCAGAUCUGAUUCUGAACUGCUUCCAGUUUGAAGGCCUUGCAGCAGAUUUGUAUAUGCUUUAUAAUUUAUUUUUGGCCGCCUCUCUCCGGGCAGGGCAAGUUGAAUAAAGCGAGAGCAUUUCAUUCAUCGCCUUCCAGGGAAGGGGGUUUUGCAGCUCGCCAAUAUUUGUUUGGAAUAAAAGGAAGAAAAGCAGAGCCAUGGCCUCCUCCGACUCUGGCUUCACAGAACACAGAGAGGCCGGCCCUGUGAAGAUUGCCGCCUCCGGCUCCGUUUCUAGUUCUACGGCACAUGAGAAUAAAGAAGAUAACGGUGGUGUGGAUCGGAUUAGUGAACUACCAGAGGGAAUCCUUGUGAGCAUUCUGUCCCUCUUAACAUUCAAGGAAGCGGCUCAGACUUCACUACUCUCAAGUAGAUGGGUAAAUUUGUGGAAAUUGGCUGUAACCGAGCUGGACUUUGAUGCCCCGAAAGUGAUGGAACUUCUCAAGUUCAAACGCUGUCUGAUACCAGAGAAAAGAAUUGAGUUCAAAAAAUGGGUGAGCCGGGUCGUGCAGCAGCUCAAUGAUCUGUCCCCAGGCUCAAAGCAGCAGCUCACCCAGUUUAGAGUUUCAUUCACCUUGAGCAAUCAAUGCAAUUCCGAUGGGGAUAUCGAUGGAUGGUUGAAAUUCGCAAUAUCCAAAAGGGUUGAGUCUCUUGACCUGUCCUUAGUCAAUUAUGUCCAGAUCCGGAAAAGUGAUAACAAGAAUUAUCUUUUCCCAGAGGAUUGUUUCAAUCACAUCAAAACUCCGGCUGGGUUGUCCGACAUCAAGUCCCUCAGAUCCCUUUGCUUGAGUUUUGUGGACAUCAAGAGUGAGACUCUUGAGCACUUCAUCGCUAAUUGCCCCUAUCUUGAAGAAUUAGCGGUGAAAAUGUCAUGGUUACUAGUGAAGCUCAGGGUUGCUGCUGCUACUGGUUCAUCGCUUAAAUUGAAGCGCUUGGAAGUGAGGAGAUGCAGACAUCUGAAAUCUCUGGAGAUUGAUAAUGUCCCAUGCCUCACCCACUUUGCGUAUCAGGGUCGUCAGGAGUCGGUGGAAUUGCAUCUCGAGAAAUGUAUUAGUCUUGUAGAUGUGAACAUAGACUUCGAUUGUUGUAGACCUGGUUUAGUGUUUCACUCCAUCUCCCACAAAGCAGCUCAGUUGGCGACUCUUACUUUGAGAAUGGAGGGGGACUGCCUUUGGUUUCUGAAUGUGGCUGAAUUCACCCACCUUGAGCUGCUGACGGUCGAAAUAGUGAAUGGAAGUAUUGACGAAACUAUCAUUGGCUUGGCUACUUUGAUACACGCUUGUCCUCGGUUACAAACAUUGCGAGUGUUGACGAGUACAUACUCCGCCAUCAAGGAUUCAAGUGCAAGAGUGUUGAAACCAAGUGUUGUUAGAGUAGGUCAUGAAAGCAUUAAAGCGGUGGAGAUUAUUGGGUUUAAGGGCUAUCCAGUUGACUGCGAGUUUAUGGAGUAUGUGUUGGAGUGUUUCGUGGGGAUGGAGAGAAUAGUUGUUGAUCGUAGCAAUCCGACUGGUGGCAUGCCAAAUAUUCCUUGCAGCGAGAAACAACUUGAGGAAGCCAGACAAUGUGCACUGAAGUUCAAAUCAAGAGCAUCCCCUGCAAUUGACUUUGUUGUAAAAUAGUUUUUCGCUUCUGGCCUUGCAUUGCUGCUUGGAGUAGUAUGAGAAAUUUUUGGCUUUGUUGUAAUUUUGUUCUUCUAUUAUCUUCUGGCCCGAGGAUACUGCUUGGACUAGUAUGCUAAGUUAUCAUUUUCUUCUUGUUUUGUUCAUGCCCUUGUGUAUCAGUGUAUGUCUGUCCCUUUGCUUGUAACUUGUUCCCUAUGUAAUCAAUGCAAUUCAGAUGGGGAGCUCGAUAAUGGCUGAAGUUUGCAACCAUAUAAAAAUGGGACAGAGUCCUUGUGCUGGCUUCUUGGGUGGAAGGAUAAACUUUAUACAUUCC